GAAUCUGACACUUCAAUUUUUAUCGUCGUGAUAAGAGGAUUAAAGCGUAUUUUGUGUCUUGCUAAAUAAUUGAUAUCGGAUUUAUAUCAUUCGAUAAUGAAAACGUAGAUAGAAAUUGUUUGAUUUCGUUCGAAAUUUUGAAUUCGCGAUUGCGCACUACUUUAAGGUUAAAAGAAUCUACUGUGUAGAUAUCAGUCGCGAAGUAUUGCUAGUUUGCAGUAUGUAUUCAGUUUUCGCCGUAUUCGGAUGCCAACUGCCAGGUUUUGGGAAUAUGUCUCUUCAGAAAUAAAAAUAUAUAGCCUGCUGUCAGCGUUAAUCUUGUAUUAACAGAUUUCACAAUGAGUCACAUUAAGAGUUUAUAUUAUCCGAUGUCCUGUCUAUUCACCUGCAAUUUUGAAUCGUUCGCAAGGACCAUGGUGCUAAAAAAUGGAUACAGACAUCUUCAUCAUUCGUGCAAAGUAUUGGUAGUUGGAGGCGGGACUGGAGGUUGCUCGAUGGCUGCAAAAUUUGCAAAUAAAUUUAAGGAUCCAAACAAAGUUAUUGUUAUAGAAUCGAAUGAUGUACACUAUUAUCAACCGAUGUUCACUUUAAUUGGUGGUGGUAUCAGGUCUUUUGAGGACUCUAAAAGACCAAUGAAAAAGGUUUUACCAUCAAAUGCAAAGUGGCUCCAUGAAAAUGCAAUGAGUUUUGAACCAGAACAGAAUCAAGUCACUAUGACCAAUGGUGAUACUGUGCAAUACGAGAUCAUGAUCGUUGCAAUGGGUAUGCAACUGUAUUGGGAAAAAAUACCAGGGUUAGCAGAAGGCCUCAAAGACUAUACCUCACAAGUUUGUUCCAUUUAUGGCUCAGAUACUGUUUCUAAUGUUUAUACUAAACUAAAAAGAACCAGGCAAGGUACAGCAAUAUUUACUUACCCAAAUAGUCCAGUUAAAUGUCCUGGAGCACCACAAAAAAUCGCAUAUAUUGCAGAAGAAUACUUUUGCAAAGAAAAUAUACGUGACAAAAUAAAAGUUGUGUACAACACUUCUUUACCAGUUAUAUUUGGCGUGAAAAAAUACGCCGAUGCGCUUUGGGGCGUUUGUAAAAGAAAAAAUAUUACAGUAAACCUUCAAACGAGUCUUGUGGAAAUCAGACCGGCUUCUCAGGAAGCUGUAUUUCAGAAAUUAGAUAAACCAGAUGAGACAAUUGUUGAAAAGUACUCAUUACUUCACGUAUGUCCACCGAUGGGUCCGCCGGAAGUUUUAAAAAAGCAUACUGCAUUAACGAACGAAAUGGGAUUUCUCUCUGUUGACCCGAAAACUUUAAGGCAUACGACUUAUUCGAACAUAUUUGGAAUAGGAGAUUGUACAAAUUCUCCUAAUUCGAAAACGAUGGCUGCAAUAGCGGCCCAGGGAAAAGUUUUAUACAAGAACAUUUGCGACGAUUUAGCUAAUAAACCGAUGUCUCUGGCUUACAAUGGAUAUUCAUCUUGUCCCUUAGUUACUGGCUACUCUAAAUGUAUUUUAGCUGAAUUCGAUUAUAAUUUGCAACCAUUAGAAACAUUUCCAGUCAAUCAAGGACGAGAAUAUUUCUUUAUGUUUCUUCUCAAGACCUAUAUUUUCCCACUGCUCUACUGGCAUCUAAUGUUACGUGGCCAGUGGAAUGGACCAGAAUUUUUCCGAAAAUAUUCGGCUCUGAUAAAGAAGAAGGAAACGACUAAAAGCUAAACGACGUUGUAACACUUUCCAAUUAUUUAGUUUGCAACAGCAUAUCGGCAAGUCAUUAUUGUAUAUAAUAGUUUCAUGUGAUAGUAGAUAUAUCUUUGUACGUUUCCGCAAUCGUGGGAUUAUAUCUUUGUUACUAUUAUAUCGUUGUUAUUACUUUGCGAAUAUAUAUAUAUAUAUAUUUAUAUUGUUCAUUAUAUAUUACGCACUGUGGGACACAAUACACAUUUGUUCCAAUAAAGGGAUGUGAAUAAGAAA